AUGUAUCAUGCCAUUAAAGAAUGGGGUGGAACUCCUUUUGGCUUUAUUGAUGAUGUGACUAUUACCGUUGAAGGUAAAAUUGAAGAAAAUACCAAAAGCUUAAGCAACAUAUUAGAAAAAUGUUGUAUUUGGGCUAAAUCAAGAAUGACCAAAAUUGAUUUGGGUGACAAAUUGGGUUUCAUUCAUUUUACAAAAAAUGUGAAACUUAAAGAUGAGAAAGUGCAACUUACUUUACCUAAUGGAGAACUUCGUGAACCCCAGAAGGAAGUUAAAUUUCUUGGAAUUACUUUGAACAAUCUGCUUGAUUUUAAAUCUCAUAUUUUGAAUAAAAUCAAUAAAGCAAGAAAAGCUGUUGGUGCUAUUUGGCAUCUUGGUGGCGUGCAAAAUGGUAUGCGGGGGUCUGCAGUCAGAUCACUGUAUAUUGCUUGCGUGAGACCAAUUGUCGAAUAUGGCUUAGAAAUUUGGCAUCAUAAAGUCUUGAAAGGAGAAAUCCACAAGUUGGAAGUGAUGCAGAACAUGGCUUUAAGAAGAAUUGUUGGUGCUUAUCGCACAACUCCUAUUGCGGUAUUACAAAAGGAAGCUGGCAUUAUGCCAUAUAGUAUUAGGCUAAAAUUUAUGGUGGCAUGA